AUGGAGUAUUCAGCCCGCGGUUCGCGUAGAUUUGUAAAGAAAAAAAAACGACCACAGGAGGACCACGGGCUCGCCUCCUCCCCCUCUCACCCACGCCGCCGCCACCACCACCCACGCCGGCUGCUUCCGGCGACCUCCGACGCCGCGCAGCACGCCCCCGAGCUCCCCACGGUCCGCGCCUCCCUCCCCUCCGGCCAGAUUCUCCGCUCCGGUCCUCUACCGCCCGCUCGCAACCCCACCCCCGUGGCUAGGGUUUCGGGCAGGGCUUCGCCGGCGCGUCUCCGGCGGACCCAGGAAUUUUUUGUGAGUGUCAAGGGGAUAUCUGCCUCGGAAAAUCAGGUUGCUGAAAUCACCAACGAAACUGAUGGUAGGAAAGUAGACCCGAGCAAGACCGAUAUAACCCCCGGAAUGCAGGGUGAGGAGGAACAUAACAAACUCUCCGGGAAGGAAACUGCUCUAUGAUACAGACAACAAAGAAGAAGAUGAAGAGGGUAACAGUAGAAGCCGGAACCUAACAAUCACCGCUGCGAAGUAUGAGGAGGUGUUUGAAGAAGCUCACCCCGCCAUUCCCACCAAGCAGGUUGAAAACAAAUGCCCCAAGCAAUACACCAACUGAUCGAGCUACACAAAUUUCCCCACACGUCACAAGAGGCUGUGUACCUCUUCGGUACAGGCUACUGGUACCAGCCAGAACACCUCGAGAUGGUUUGUGAUGAGUUUCUGCUCUAGGAAUGGCUGGGCGCUGCUGCUCGAGAGAUAGGCGUUGAUUGCUGCCAUUUAGGGCUUGAUUGAGCUGCUGCUAGAAAGAGAGAGAGAACAGAGAGGGAGAGACAGGGUUCCAAUGCUUACUGAUCUGGUUUUGGUGAGCAAAAAAUGAGAAAUAGGAGAGGAACAGAGAGAGCAGAGAGAUAGAGAGCACAGAGAGAGAGGCACACAUCACUGAACCCUUUGGAUUCUAAUCCGUCUGCUCGUACUCGACCGUUCGCUGCAACUUUGUCUGACCUGAG